ACAUUUGGUCUGUUGGGUCAUCAUUGUGAGCUACGAGAAUUGUUAAAUCGUUUCGUGACGGCCGUUUUUCGCUAGGUUUGUCGCCGCAUUGUUCUUUGAAUUGUUCCAAGGUCUGGUCCAACUCGUCUUGGGUUACUAAAUAGCCCCGAUCAUGGCAUAACUGAAUAAAUUUGUUUAGGUAGAGUGAAAAAGUGAGGUUAGGUCGGGUACCUGCAUGACUGUUUUGCGAAUUCGCCACAAUUUAUACGUUUCAGCUUCAUCAUCCAUAUUGUUAAGUUAAAAAAUAACUCACAACCAACACAACACUAAUAAAUUAUCAAAACAAGAGCAAAAGUUGUUAUAAUGCCAUAUAUUUGCACUACACCAUCAAGUUUUGUUACUCAUAAUCUGGAAAUCGCGAAUUCUUGUUGUUGUUAACAACGAAAUCAUGUCAAUAUUGUAACUUCACUUCAUUGAAAAAAACACUUACCCAAUCAACAAAGAAUAAAAAUAGAAAUUGAGAUAUUUUUUUGUUUAAGAAAGAUGUUUUCGCUAUUACCGAAAUUGUACCAUAUGCAUGUUACAGUUUUAAUGGCGCCAUAUUUAAAUUAAAAUUUAGUUUGACGAUCACAAACUCGCAAAAUGUCAUCGAAUUGCCAAAUAAUGGACCUUCUUCAGGGUAAACAACUGGUAAAUAAAAUAAAAAAACUUAUCCCUGCAGAAGAUGCAAUGAAAAAUAAGACGAUUAUAAUAUUUUUCUUUGGUGCUAUGUGGUGUAAAUCAGCGGACUGUAAAGUAAUCCUUCAGAGAUUGAAGGAGCUUCACAAGGAAAACCUUCGCAGAAAUAUGGGCAUUGAGGUGAUUUAUGUUUCAUCUGACACCAGUCCUGACGACUUUGAUGCGUUUUAUAAAACACAAGGUGGAUGGUUUGCGGUUCCCUUUCAAGAUGAUUUGGCCGAACAACUUCGUAGAAUUUUUGGGAUUACAACUAUUCCUAAUAUAAUCGUGGUCAAAAAAAACGGCGAAAUAAUAACUAAAGCGGGGAGACAAGAACUCGUCGAAAAGGGGCUAAAUGUGCUAGUGACUUGGACAGACUAAUAAUAAAAAAUGUAUCAGAAAGUUUAUUUUAUAAAUUUUACUCUUCAGGUAUUUCUACAGAGCCAUCAUUUACUUCAUCAAUAACGUCAUGUGGGAGCUUCCCAUCAAUGGUACAACCUACUGAUUGGGCUGUUCCUAAAACCUCCUUAACUGUUCCAGACAGAUUUUUAGCCAUUGAUCUUGGCCUCAUUUGUCUGGCAAUGCUGAUAACAUCAUCCAAAGUAAUGUUGCCACUGUGUUUAACUGCAAAGACACAAAACGUUAGAAAAAGAUUUAUAAAUAAAUCAAAAUUAUUCUGUACGCCCCCUUAAGUAACAUACUUAGUA